GGAAGAAGGAAGUGCAAAAUGAGGUUGAUUCUACUUUUUAACGGUCCUAUUCUAUUUUAUCACAGAGAGGCACCAUAGAGAUGAGAAUAGGAAGUAAACACCAUAACAGACUCCUCAUCCUUGACAGAGUAACUUUUUUGCCUCAACAACCUGGUGUCAGAAGUGCUCCUGCGUGGUCAGUUUCGGGUUUUACGACGGGUGUCUGAUCAACCUGAGUACGUCUCAGCCUCUGUUUCUGGGGGACUCCUCGUGGAUCUCCUUACUGGCCCGCCAGGACCUCGAACAUCUUCCAUCCUGUCAAGGAAGUCUGGUGAGUGAGAAAUUACUCUAGGAUUUUAAUUUGCUCUCACGCACACACACAUCUCUCCCUUUUUAGAAAAGGAAGGAAGCCGGGCAGCCGGGGGGUUUUGGGAGCUCCGCUUACUAGGAGCAGGCCUGGAAGUCUCAUUAGGAGAUCUGGGCAGGUUAAAAUCCCUUCACAAGGGUGUGAGUGGGUCUCUCGCUGGAAAGCAGUGAGAUAGGGCGGACGGAUUAGCCGUUAUUCCGUAUUCUACAGAGACGUCUGUAGUCUAAGGUGUGGGAAUAAUCCUCCCCGUGCUUAAGUGUAAACAUGGGUAAUGUAGGCUCCAAAACACCGGCGACGCCCCGUGGUGAACUCUUCGAGUUCAUGGAACAUAAGUAUGGGAAAAUGUGUGUGGAGGUGUGUGCAGAGUGGAUUCAGAAUGGUAUUUUUCCAGCCGAAGGCUCUUUGAGCCCGGCGGCAUUAAAAAUAACUAAAGAAGGAUUAGAUAAGAUGAGGGACAAAUUAAAAUCACAGAAACGGGUGAAGGUCUCAGAUUGGGACCGCUUAGAAAAACAUCAGGCGGCUUUAACAAACUGGCUCGCAGAAUGUGAGCGUCGGCAGAGAAAACAGAACGCCCGAGUUCUUCCAAAACUUACUGACCCUCCACAGACUGACCUGCACCGACCUGACAACAGCCAUGAUAAGCUGACGACAACCUCUGUUACUGUGUCUCAUUUUUCUCAGCUGAAAACUAACCCAUUGUAUCCCCCUCUACCUGCAUGUCCAUCAUCGGGCCCGAGGGGCCAGAACACCUCAUUCCCGUGCCCAGACCUGACGAUGCAUGGAGCCUCUCCGGAUCCGGACUUGGAUUGCCUCCCCCCAGUCCCACCACCUCCUCCCGCUGACCAAGAUCCAUCCCUGGCGGGAGCUGCUGCCCAUGAACUGAUACCGCCCAAGGCCAAACCCCAGCCCGAUCCGCAGACCACAGAGGAAAAGAAAAAGUCCAAAGCCCCUCACAAAAGCGGCAGAACCUCCCCGGUGACCCUGAGGAAAGAUGGCCUGAAAUCAGAUUCCACCACUCACUUAUGCCCCAUGGUCGAAGUGGCGGGUCCCACGGGGCCCGUUCUGGUCUUCCGAACAUGGACGGAGACCGAGGUCGGGGAGGUGGGGGCCCAAUUGCCAGACCCUGUUUCUUUUGGGCCAAAGUUUGCUGAUGAAUUUCCUCUUUUCUGCCAGGAGUUCCGCCCCACAGGUGCAGAGAUCCGCCGGAUGAUGGCUAGACGGCUUAAGGUGACUGAACUGUCUAAGAUCCAGGCCAAACUCCCCGCCGCUGAUCUGAGGCUGGGGAAUCCUGACUGGGGCCAUGCUGAUGACCUCCUUUACAAAACCGCGGUAGACAAACUGGCAGAGGAGGUACGUACCAAUUUCCCGGCCUCAAUGAACAUGACCACCGAGUCUGUGUCACAGUCUCAACUUUUGGAGGCCAGACUGCACCCUCACCGGGCUGGGAAGCCUGUUCCCCCACCCCUUGGGAAAAUAUGUGCGCUGAUGCUGUCAUUAAGGGCCUCCACCCUGAAGUCGCGGACGAACUAAAGCGACAGUUGGUUGGGUGGGAUGUCAGUCCACGUAUGGAUGACGUUCGCAAAUAUGCCAGGCAUGCUCAACGCCUGGUUGAGGAAAAGCUGUCAAAGAGAAAGGCUAAAGAGGACAAGGAACUACAUUUGGCCGCAAUGACAAUGGAUUCAGCUCUGUCUGGUCCAAAACAAAACGGGGCCAGACGGCGUGACUUUCCACGUGGACGUGGGCGUGGUUUUCGAGGACGGGGCCACCAUCAUGACGCAUGUCAUAUCUGCGGACAGCUGGGACACUGGAAGGCUGAGUGUCCGCGUCGCCAG